AUGCACGCCUUCGGGCCUCCCGCCGAGCCGCCCCUCGCCCGGGAGCUGCUGGACGCGGCUCUCCGCCCGCCCGCCGGCGGUCCCUACGCGUGGCUCGGCGGCCCCGCCGCCCCCUACCCGCCCGCCGCUCCGUUCCCACCGCCGUGCCCAGAGCGGGGCUGGACGUCGCCGCUCCCGCAGCACGAGGGGCCCCGCCCGGCACGGCCGCCCUACUCGUAUUCGGCGCUCAUCGCCAUGGCCAUCCACAGCGCGCCGGGCCGACGGAGGACCCUCAGCCAGAUCUACCAAUACGUGGCCGAGAAUUUCCCUUUCUACAAGAAGAGCAAGGCGGGCUGGCAGAACUCCAUCCGACACAACCUGUCCCUCAACGACUGCUUCAGGAAGGUCCCGCGGGACGAGGAUGACCCGGGUAAAGGCAACUACUGGACGCUGGACCCCAACUGCGAGAAAAUGUUCGAUAACGGCAACUUCAGGAGGAAGAGGAAGAGGCGUCCGGAGGCCGGAGACGGCGGUGGGGCUGCGGGGGGCCCCCGUGUGAGCGCAGCCCCCGGGCACGGCCAGAUGCACUGAGGUGGAGGAGGAAGGAGUGUUUUUGCGAUGCGUAACUGUACAUUUCUGUAGGUCUAUAAAUGGAGAGAUGAGAGAAGGAGUGGGAUGUAUGUGUGCUUAGGGUGAAAUGAAGGCGGGAGGGCUGUGGGAAGCGCUCUCUGUUGGGACUCAAAAGCAUCCAACGCACGAGUCAUGGUGGAACAUUCAUAGAAUGGUUUGAGUCGGAAGGGACCUCUAAAGGCUGUCUGGUGCCACCUCCUGCAGUGUACAGGGACACCCACAGCUCCAUCAGGUGCUCAGAGCCCGGCUCCUGACCUUGGGUGUCUGCAGGGACCGCUGCCACCUCUCUAGGCAGCCCAUGCAGUGCCUCACUGCUCUCUCAUAUCCAGUCUAAACUUCCCAUCUUUUAGUUUGAAACCACUUCAUCUUGACCUAUCGCAACAGAUGCUGCUGCUAAAGAGUCUGUCCCCUUCUUUCUUGCAGCCCCCCAUUAGAUACUGAAAGGAAUCACCAUGAUGUGAGCUGGGUGGGAUGGUGGCUUUCCCUCCCCCUUGACAAGAGCAGCCUAUCCCAGCCCUGCCCGCUGACCUCCUGUCCCAUGGAUGCCCAAGGUGCCUUUCUCUCCUCUGUCCAGGUGUGCAGCUGGGAUGCCCUCACUGCAAGGCCCAGCUCUCAGUUGUAGUUGGGGUGGUGUUGGGUUCACUGAAUGGGGAGGGACAGCGGGACGUGCCCCUGGAGCUGAGCAUGGCGUGUGGGGCAGCCAGCCCCACAUCUUCUAUGGCAUUUCUGAAUAAAACCCCUUUAUUUUCCCAAGCACAAAAGAUGAUCUUUGUGUCAGCCCGUGGAGCUGAUGAUAAUUUAUCCAAAGAAUUUCAGAUUUAAUCGAGCAUCCAAAAUGAUGCCGGAUCCCUGCUGAGGAGCCCUUUAAUUGCUGGGUUUGCUGCUGGCCCCCACGAUGAGUGCUUGCAGGGUGCUGACAGCCUGCGGUGCGUGUGUCCCUGUGCAGACCGAGCUGUUUGUUUAA